GUUAGUAUUUUAUUUUAACUAUCCUCGCUGUAUUGCUCACAUUGUACUUUCUAAGUGUAAAUGGCAAACUACAUAGUCCGAGGAACUGUGUCGUGCCACGGCGGUGCAUGUGUUUCGGAAAGUGGAUUAUGUGGAGGCGUGUGCGUGACAGCCAACUUUACAUCUCACAUUUCGGGCUUUGAAUGCUUACAGAACAGCCUUUUGGAAGUUCAAUCUAAACUUUUUGAGAAGAUGGAUAACAAGGAGGUAUCAAACAGUUGUCCCUUCAGCGACUUGACUUGGGAGCAGGUGAGCCGGCUCAAUGAAGUUCUGACUGAGGUCGUGCCCAUUCAUGGACGGGGGCACUUUCCUACUUUGGAGGUGCAGCUGAAUGAUAUUGUGGCUCGGGUGCGCUCCCGCCUUGAGCUCAGCGGCAUUAAGGUGAAGGACGUACGGCUUAAUGGCUCCACAGCCAGCCAUGUGCUGGUGCAAGAUAUUGGCUGGAGCUACAAGGACCUGGACGUUAUCUUCAGGGUGGACUUGCCACACGAGGCUGAGUUCAAGCUCAUCAAGGAUGUUGUGCUUGGUACCCUGCUGGACUUCCUGCCUGAGGGUGUGAACAAAGAGAAAAUUACACCAAUGACCCUCAAAGAGGCCUACGUGCAGAAGCUUGUCAAGGUGAACACAGAGCAGGACCGCUGGAGCCUCAUCUCCCUCUCCAACAAUAAUGGCCGUAAUGUGGAGCUGAAGUUUGUGGACUCAAUACGUCGGCAGUUUGAGUUCAGUGUCGACUCUUUUCAGAUUGUGCUGGACUCCAUGCUCUCCUUCUAUGAGGUGGAGCAGGCGCCCAUGUCAGAGGCCUUUCACCCCACUGUUAGUGGGGAAAGCAUGUAUGGAGACUUCAACACUGCGCUGAGCCACCUGCGAAACAAGCUCAUUGCCACCAAGCGGCCUGAGGAGAUCCGAGGCGGUGGCCUGCUGAAGUACUGCAACCUGUUGGUGAGGGACUUCCAGCCCGCCAGCGAGGAGGAAUUCAAGGGCCUGGAGCGAUAUAUGUGCUCACGCUUCUUCAUUGACUUUCCUGACAUAGGAGAGCAGCAGCGUAAGGUGGAAUCCUACCUCCAGAGCCACUUUGUUGGCGAGGAGAAGAGCAAGUACGACUACCUCACGAUUCUCCGGCGAGUGGUUAACGAGAGCACGGUGUGCCUCAUGGGUCACGAGCGGCGGCAGACCCUCCACCUCAUCUCGCUGAUGGCCCUCCAAGUCCUGGCGGAGCAGAACGCGAUCCCCGACGCGUCCUGCGUCACCUGCUAUUACCAGCCAGCGCCUUACGUCCGAGACCACAACUUCAGCAACUACUAUGUGGCCAACCAGAACAUUCCAACAUGGCUGCCGUGUAACUGACGAGACAAACAACUUGGGAUGAGCAAGAUGGCGUCGCUACUGCUGCUGCAUUUGAGAAGAGAAGGAAUGAAUUUAAAAAAAAAAAAAAAAAAAAAAAAAACAUUAAAAAAAAAUGUUGGGCAAUAAAUAAUUUGUUCCUCUCAAGGCACAAUUAUAUUUAAGUGGACAAGCGUUUUGCUUUUGUUUUCUCAUUCCUUUACGACAGAGGUGUCUAGGUCAUUGAAUCGAAAGUGAUAUUUUUAAGUGUUUCGAAUUUUUUUUUUUUUUUUUUUUUUUUUCUCUCCUCAUGUUUGGUUGUUUCACUGUUUAUCAAUCCCAUUCUUAAUGGAGUUGCAUUUUGUGCCUUAACCUCCAAGUUUACCCCAUCAGUAAUUUAAGUAUGGGCUGUGAUUUGGAGAAGGGAAAGAGGAGCUAAUGCCGUAGCCUUACAUUUGGUUUUCAUCUUGAUUUAAAAAAAAGAAAAAGGUUAGGAAAAAAAAGUUGGAAAAAAUGCAUAAAAUAUUGAAAAAUAGUAUUAUUGUAUUAUUGGGGAAAGAGUAAUAAUAGCUGACUGCCAAAAAAGGGGAAAAAAAAAAAAAAAGCUCAUCACCGGUGUUAAAGUUUACUGUGGAGGGAGAAAAGGUGGUACACUAAUAUCCUGUCAGAAAUCAGUGGGAAGCGAGGAGUCGAUUUGUUUUAAUUCAUUUUGACAUGUAAAUAUUUCUGAGACAUUUGUGCCAGCGGUGCCUGUGAUUUGUAAAUGAUGCAAACGAGGAAAAAAAAAAUGUAUAUUUUUUUUUUUUUAUCUUUCCACUGUGAAUUUCAACAUAGGAUUGGAUUGGCUCCCCUCCCUCCCCCCCUUUACCUUGUUUCCUCAGCCUUGUACCUUUCAGUCGAGACUGGCUUCGAGUGGAACUCUCAGACAGUGUAGGCCUCAAAUACGUGACCUCACUGCUUUCCCUGUUGUUUUUUUUUUUUUUUUUUUAAGUCUGAAAGCCUUGCCAUUGACCUCCACAUGCCAUGGCCCCUGGGUUAUUGUGGGAGGCAAAUGGACAGGACUGAGCCUGGUAGGGGGUUUAGAGAAUGUGCUUGGCUGGGAGUCCCAGAGUGACAGGCUAGUUGUCUCUUCCCUUAAAAGGAGCAGCACAUGGAGGGGCCCGAAGGGUUGUCCCUCACAGCUACUGCAUGCUCGACAGCAGCCCUGAAAUGGGAGCCACCUCUGACGCAGCUCGGUGCCUCUCCAAUUACUCUUCGUCUAUAAUUAUCAUCUUUCUCUUUUUUUGUGCUGGGGUUAGCUACCAUUGAAGCAGGGAGCUGGAGCUUGGUUGUGUGAUCUGCAGCAGCCCUGCCACCUUACAUAUGUGGCAGCUGAAUCACUUCCUGUCCUCCUCAUCUGUCGCCUGAUGGGACACGGAGCGUUUUGAACCCCUUUUGUGGUCAUGGGGAGGGCAGACCACAUGCCUGCUAGUGGGAUACCAUUCCCCCUUUCAGACCUGGAAUUCCAUCAAUGUGGAAGCUACGCCCAAAACUGCAGCAGAGAUGAAGUCGCCGCUCCAAACCAAUGAAUUUCUAUUUGUAGCCAAGCCUAAUAUUAGCUGUUAAUUUUUGAACACCUGAACACACUAAUGACCUAAGCUGGGAGUAUUUCUGGCCACCACUGCUCCUGUUGGUUUUCCUGACAUCACAGCAGCCAAGUUUGAGAGCGUUUCCUCAUGAACUUGUUCUCCCAAAUGGCCUUAGUUUCUCAGAAGUUCGUCUCCCUGUAUUGCUGCUGCUGAUCUCACUGUGGCUUGUGUUGGUGCGAGAUAACCGCAGACCUCUUAUCUGGUUGGCUCACAAUGUCAGGGUUGAUGGAACAAUUGAGGGAGAUCAGUUUGGUCUGGCUGCAGGUCACAUUUGAGGGGCAGGUUGUGCUGUGUCAGCUUAGCUGCAGCGUGUUUUUGUAUUUCCCUUUUUUUUUUUUUUUUUUUUUUUUUAAUUUCUUUUAAGAACAUGCUCUUGGACCAAAAGUCUGCUUUACAACCAGCAACUGAAGCACUCAAGUGCCUGUCACUCUGUGGAGAGUUGAUCUUUUUAAAAGGUUUUUUUUAAUGGUGGUCAUAAAGGGGGAAAGGUUAGCAAAAGUUUUCUUUCAGCCUGUGAAGCUUUGAUAUAAAACUGUCUGUAUUAGAUACAAGUUUAUAAGGUGAAUGCACAUAUUUUUGGUUGAGGAGCAAACUACUUUUGGUUUGACUUUAAAAUUUGAGGGGUUUUUUCCUAUUAAGAUUAUUUUUCUUUAACAUUAGUUUGUCCCAAACUUUAUUUUUCCUUAAAAUCUGCAGUCAUUCCCAUGGCAGCCAUCUGAGUCCUCUUCAUUUUACACUUUUUUUUUUUUUUUUCCCCCCUGUAUAUUUACACCUUUCAACUUAAUCUGCCCAGCAUUUGCCCAGCACUGUAUUCUCUGAAACAGCUGGGCUAAUUCAGUUUGACUGUUCUGUUCCCCAUCCGAAGCAAGAAAUACUGCACUGACGAGCUGUACGGUGGCACGGUAGCUGGAGGUCAGAGUAAAGACCCCCUCCCACACUGGUGGAACACUUUAAAGAGGCCUUGGUCAGUUGCUGUGAGAGCCGUGCUGGUCCUCAGGGACUGCAUGUUUUUGAAGACCGUUUUGUCCCCUUUUUUUUUUUUUUUUUUUUUUUUUAAAUUUAAGAGAGAGCAAAUUGGUUUAAUCUGCCCUUGAUUCUGAGAUGCCCCCUCCUACCUCUCUUCAUUUUUCGUCUUUCCUUUGUUGUAAUCCUGACUCUCCCUCUGCUCACCCUUACUACAGGCUCUUCCUAGAAGAGGUGGAGGUAGGCUGCAGACUUCAGCUCGUUACACCCCGACAGCAGCCCAGCUUUUUAUCUUUACACCCAUUCGCUCCAAAAUGUUAUUGUUACUCAGAGGCUCUCCUAGGUUUGUGCCAAAAGCUGUAUUUUAGUGGUGUUCUCCUAACCCUGAGAGGUCUUCUUUGAGAGCUCGGGGACAGAACAUCGACUCUGAGGCUAAAAUCCCUUUUCCUAGUGGAUUAUAGUCUUUGAAGUAAUGAUGAGGCUUGGAGCCACGUGCAGAACCAGCUGCUGCUCACAGUUGGAGUUUGAAGCCUGCUGUGUGGUGAAAACCAGCCUCUUCUUAGGCCUUUUGUUGAUGUCGCUCACUAACAGCCGUUAAGAGCGAGGUCAAAGAGAGUGCGAGCAAAUUUGCAUUUUCCUAGAAAGUUGAUAGCAGUCUGGAAUGCUAGUCCAGUGCCCUUUUUUUUUUUUUUUUUUUUUUUUUUUCUUUCUCUCCCUCCCCAAUCCUCCUUUGCCCCACCCUGCUUUCACAUGUUUACGGUUAUUGUGGCUCUCUGAUGACUAUGCCCGAGCUUUUGCGGGGCUUGUGUCUAACCCUUUCCUUUACUGGGCUGAUGUAUGUCUGAACUCUGUGAACGGAAAGGGAAUAUUGUAGUUUGCCUUUAUUUUCUGGCCACUUUUUUCUGCUGUAAACUUGCCAGUGUUUCUCUCUCGCACCACCUUGAGUUGGCUCACAUGUUUGGGCUGCUGUUAAUUGAUACAGCAAAUGUCUUUUUCCCCCCUUAUGACACCUGUAGCUGUAUCCUUUGCUAGAGGGGAGAUGCAGAUGAGAUAUUUAGUGGUUAUGCUUGUAUAAAGUGCAAGUCUUAUGCCAUAGGAAUGUGAUAGAAGCUGUCCUACAGUUUUUGUAUGACGAUUUAUUUUGUUUGCAGCAGAAACAGAUGUGUGUUUACGUUAACAUGUGGAGGAGCGUGUGUUCGUUUGCGCGUGUGUGAAGGGAUGCCUGUGGUAACACAAGUUGAAUGGGGGAAAAAAAAAGUGGGGAAAAUAUGAACUAUGUCGCACUAUAUAUAUAUUUUUGGAAAUAGUUGAUGCAGAAGAGCUUUUUUGUCAGCUUCGUGAUUGUGACUCUGAUGGUUACAACCAUUAAACUAUUUCAUUUUUCAGCACUUUUACCUCACUUGAGUUUUUUUCCUUGGAAUGGAAAUGUACAUGUACAUCAGGAAAAUGUGUUUGAAGAAGAAAUAAUGAAUAAAGAGUAUUCGAUGCAA